AUGGCAGACAAUACUACUCAUCACUACAUUUCAUCUUUCUUCUUGGUUGGUAUUCCUGGCUUGCAAGAUUUUCACUGCUGGAUCGGCAUUCCUGUCUGCCUCCUGUUUUCCCUGACCAUGCUGGGGAACAGCAUAAUCAUCAUUACCAUCAAACUAGAGCCAAGCCUCCACCAGCCUAUGUAUUUCUUCCUUUGCAUGCUGGCAAUGAACGACAUGGCCCUUGCUUCUUCCACAGCCCCCAAGAUGCUUGGCAUCUUUUGGUUGGAUUCUCACAGAUUUGACUUUGAUAUCUGCUUAGCACAAAUGUAUUUCAUCCACACAUUUUGCAUAAUUGAGUCAGCCUUCCUAGUUGCCAUGGCCUUUGACCGUUAUGUAGCUAUUUGUAUCCCACUACGUUAUACAACCAUCUUGACAACACCAAUGGUCAUCAAAAUGGGUUUAGUCAGUGUGACUCGAGGUAUUCUUAUGGUUUUACCCUGUCCUCUUCUUAUUAAGAGGCUACCAUAUUACACCAAAUAUAUCAUCAAUCAUGCCUAUUGUGAGCACAUGGCUAUAGUGAAGUUAGCCAGUGCAAACACCCAUAUUAAUAGAGCAUAUGGAAUCUCUGUGGCCCUUUCAGUGAUGGUAUUGGACCUCGGGCUCAUAGCCACAUCCUAUCUCAAAAUCCUUCAGGCAGUCUUCCGGCUCUCCUCUCAGCAUGCCCGCUCAAAAGCACUGGGCACCUGUGCCGCCCACGUGUGCACUAUCCUUGUCUCCUACACACCUGCCCUCUUUAGCUUUCUAACUCACCGCAUUGGCAAGAAGGUGCCUCCAAGUGUCCAUAUCAUUUUUGCAAGUUUGUACCUUCUGGUGCCCCCCACAGUCAAUCCCUUGGUAUAUGGUGUCAAGACAAAGCAGAUUCGUGACCGAGUGAUUGGUCUCUUUUUCCUAAACAAAAGAAUUUCUGAAAACUAAGAUAUUUAAAAACAAACCCAUGGUGGUAGACUCGGUUUCAUGGAGUCAUAGUACAUUAACAAAAGUUACA